CAUUUCAUAACAUUUAACUCGUAGUAAAGUGUUCACUAGCUAUGUUUCUGACAACUAUAUUUACACUCACAGGACGGCCAAACGUCGUGUUUACAUUACGUUAACCUAACAGUUACCUAACAGUUACCUAACGUUUACCUAACAGUUACCUAACUUUAACCUAACGUUUACCUGACGGUUAUCUAACGUUUACCUAACGUUUACCUAACGGUCAAACUGAAGACAACCGUUAAAACAAGGCCCCACAUUCACCCUAAAAUGCGACGGUUUGGGUUCCCCCUCCUCCGCCACAUCUCCCCCUUCACUGUCCCCUCAGUCACCCGGACAUGCUGCCUCCACCAAGGGGUCUACACUGGUCCCCACACCUGCCACCAGAGCACCAUGCUGGGUCGCAUCCGCCAGCACAGGAGGGGUGUGAACACAGCCCUUGGGCAGCACAUGCAGGACCUGAGUGGGCCCGAGGAGAGACUGUUGAAUAAACUGUAUGAAGGGCUGAUCGGAGGACAGCGGGCGUCUCUGGCGGAGUCCAUCACUUUGGUGGAGACCCAGCAUCCUCGGAAAAAAGAGCUGGCCCAGGUGCUGCUGCAGAGGGUGCUGGCCUACAGGAGGGAGCAGGAGAGUCGUAAUGGAGGGAAGCCAGUGGCCUUCAGAGUAGGUCUGUCCGGUCCUCCAGGAGCAGGGAAGUCGUCCUUCAUCGAGGUGGUGGGGAAGAUGUUGACAGCGCGUGGACAUAAAGUUUCAGUGCUGGCUGUUGACCCGUCCUCCUGCACUACGGGAGGGUCUCUGUUGGGUGAUAAGACUCGUAUGACUGAACUCACCAGGGACAUGAAUGCUUUUAUCAGGCCAUCUCCGGCCUCAGGAACACUUGGUGGAGUCACCAGAACAACUAAUGAGGCCAUUGUUCUCUGUGAGGGUGCAGGAUACGACAUUGUCCUUGUAGAGACAGUAGGUGUGGGCCAGUCAGAGUUUGCAGUGGCUGACAUGGUUGACAUGUUUGUGCUGCUGAUUCCACCAGCAGGGGGCGAUGAACUUCAGGGUAUCAAGAGGGGCAUCAUUGAGAGGGCCGACUUGGUGGUGGUGACAAAGUCGGAUGGAGACCUGAUGGUGCCAGCCAGGAGGAUCCAGACUGAAUACACCAGUGCACUCAAGCUGCUCAGGAGACAGUCCAAGUCUUGGAACCCUAAGGUGGUACGCGCCUCCUCAUACACCAGUGAGGGCAUCCCAGAGGUCUGGGCCAAGAUGGAGUUGUACCGGGACUCCAUGUUGGCCAGUGGUGAAUUUCAGGGCCGGCGGAGGGCCCAGCAGAAGGUUUGGAUGUGGAGUUUGAUCCAGGAGAACGUCCUCCAUCAUUUCCAGAAUCACCCCAGUGUCAGAGAUACCCUACCCCACCUAGAGAAGAGGGUCACCAAAGGAGCCAUCUCCCCAGGCCUGGCUGCUGACCUGCUUCUCAAAGCCUUCUUGUCAUCAUCAUCAUAAUAAUCAGUGGGACUGCAAUUUUGGAGAAGGAUGGAUGAAUGCCUCAAGGCUGAUCAGGGCCACUCAGUGCCAAGAAAAGCCAGGACCGAGUGAAAAUAUGUGACCUUGAUUCUGUGGUUUGCACAAAAAGAAACAGCCUUACUGUUUUUAUACUCAUUUAAAACAUCUAAGAUAUGUCACCUCUCCACAGAAACACACACAGUGUCUGCAUGCUGUAAUCCAAAUCAGGAGAGAGCUGAGAGUGCAGACAGUCGACACUGCCCGCCUACAGCUCCAAGACCCAUCCAUAUUUGGGACAGUGGACAAACAUUUCAAUUGUGUUUAACUGUGCUGUGAGAUAUGAAAUGUUACGCUGCCAAAGGCCUGCGUUUUUUUACUGGACAUGGACAAAAACACUACAGACCCCCAGGAACAGUUUUAAAUAUACGGAGGACUGUAAAGGCUAUGUUGUUGCAUUUGGACAGUCGUUUGCACAAUACUCAUCGCUUUUAUAAACACAGGGUCACUAAGUGGUGACAUGCCAUAAAUGUUGACAUGACAAAUACUGUGGUGGAAAUAUUAUUGUGAUAAUGUAUUUUACUGAGACUCUUGCCCACCCUCCUCCUACAGUGACCAAUAAUACACUAUGUGUAACCCACAAAGGAAAGUGAAGGGAUCAGACUUAGAGAAAUGGGAUGGGUUAUGAUCACUUGUGUCUCUGGUUAAUCUGCAAUGGACAUUGUUCUAAUAACAAACACAUUUUCAUUGGAAAAGCAACUGGACACUUUUUGUUUCUGACUUGAAUAUUUUAUUAAACGAAUGAUGUGAAUCUUAA